AUGUCGGCAGUAUAUAAAAAAAGUCGAAAACUUCCUAAAAAUACAUUAAUGAUACGUAGACGUGUUUCAAGUUCAUUCUCUAAAAAAUCUGAUUCAGAAAAACGUUUAUCAAGAGCAACUAUUCGUUUAAUUGAUGAAUCUGGUAUAGAUUUAACACCAUUACCAUUAUUAAGUGAAGAGAAACGUAUUCAUGAUGAUAAAGAUACUAUGAGUGCUGAUAUCUCUCAAUCUUCAAAUCUUGGUGGAAGUAGUUUACAUAUUACAAAUCCUUUUACAUUUACACGAUCAUAUAUAAGUGGAUCAAGUCCAACUGGUGAAUCACAUUCAGAGACUAGUGAAGAACAUGAUCGUUAUCAAACAUUUACGGAAGUUAAAACACUUAUACAACCAAAUCAAGAAAGUUUAACUGAAAUUGAUUUAAACAAAUUAAUCAAUAUAAUUAUUGCUGAAACAGAAACAUUUUGGAUAUUUGAUCAACCGCCAAAAUUUAUUCCUGAAGAUUCAAUUCAUUUAGAAGAACAAUUAAAACAAAAUGAAAUUUAUAAAACAUUGAUCACAUCAAAAAUUGGUAAUGAUCGAUUUAUUGAACGAGGUAUGAAUACAUUCAAUUUACCAUUAAUGAAUAAAUUCAUUCAAACGGAUUAUAUCAAGUUACAAGAUAAAUCAUGUAUGGCUAGUAAUUGGGAUAUAAUCGAUACAUAUGAGAAAGAAAAAGAAGAAGAAGAAACAAGAAGAAAUUUGUUAACAGAUAAGUCAUAUAGAAACAAAAAUGGGAUCAAUUUAAACAAGAACAAACUUGACACAUCAAUAAAAUCUGCAUUGAAUGAUAAGAAUAUUCUAUUACAAUCAGAUGAUGGUGGACCAUUAGAAAGUAAUAAUUCAUUAAUGAAUAGUUUAAUUAAUGGGAAAACUAAAACAAGUCAAGAAUUUGGAUCAACACAAUAUGUAACAAAUAAUACAAUGAAUACGAAUUCGGAAUCAGAUCUUACGUUAAUUCAUGACAAUUCUAUAACUCAACUCAAUCAAUUAACAAAUGAAUUAGGAUUACUUGAGACCCCAAAAAUGAAAAAUGAUUUGAAUAAUAUGGAACGUGCAUUAAAUAUCAAUAUAUAUCGUGAUAAAUUAUUCAAAUAUCAAAGUUUAUUAUUAAAGGAAUGUCAAUCUAAUAUAGAUUCAUGUCAUACAAUGAAACUUAGCCCUGAAUUUACUCAAACAUUAACAAAUGAUACAUCAAAUGAUAUUCAUUUAACUGGACAUGAAUCAUCUUUAUCGAAAGUGUCAAUGUCUACAUUACCAAUAACAAUAAUAAGUAAUAUGACAAGUGUAAAUUCAACUAGAUCUACUAUAAAUGAUGAUCAUACCAUAAUAAGAACAAGUGAAUUAUCUACAAAUAAACAUAAUAUUAGUCCACAAAUACCACAUGUUAUUCCAUUAUGGCGUUUUCAAUGUUCAAUGACUAAGGGUCAUAAUAUAUCAGAUAUGGCAUGGAACAAACAAAAUCCAAAUAUAUUAGCUAUUGGUUAUGGACAAUUUGAUUAUGAUAAUCAACAGAAAGGUUUAGUAUGUUGUUGGUCAUUAAAACUUAUUGAAUAUCCUGAACGUUAUUAUGAAACACCAAGUAGUGUAACUGCUAUUGGUUGGUCAAAAAUUCAUGCUAAUUUAUUAGCGGUUGGAAUGUUCAAUGGUGUAGUUUUCAUUUAUGAUGUAAGGAAAAAUGAUCCUCUCCCAGUAAUCGAUACUACACAUGCUUCAGGAAGACAUUUAGGACCUGUACGUAAACUGCAAUGGAUUUUUAAAGAAUCAGGUUUAGCGGAAAAUCUACAGGAAGUUUUAGUAUCAGUAUCUAACGAUGGUCGAGUAACUCAAUGGUUUAUACGUAAAGGUUUUGAAAGUGCAGAUCUGAUGGUACUUAAACAAUCAUAUUCAAAUGUUCUAACACCGAUGAAUACAUCUCAAAGAAAUGAAGCUUUAAUAUCACGAACAGCUUUUGCCACGAGUAUGACUUUUAAUAAACGUGAACUAAAUAUUUAUGUUGUUGGCACUGAGAAUGGAUCAAUUUAUAAAUGUUCAUAUUCUUAUAAUGAACAAUAUUUGGAUACUUAUAUUGCUCAUAGUGCAUCAGUUUAUCAAAUAGAAUGGUCACCAUUUGUACCAGAGAUAUUUCUUUCUUGUUCUGCUGAUAUGACUAUAAGAUUAUGGCACUUAGACUAUCAAAAACCAUUGAUUACUAUUCAAAGAAAUAUGACUACAAUUCCAUCAAUUUCUUGGUCACCUCAUAAUUCUUUGAUAUUUGCUUCAAUCGCUGAUGGUGUUCUUGAAAUAUGGAACUUAGAUUAUUCAACUGUUGAUCCUUAUAUUUCGGAGACAAUAUCUACUGAAGCAAAUAUGACAAGUGUUCUAUUCUCUGAAACUAGUCAAGUAAGUGUUGUAUCUAUAAUUUUAAUGAUUGUAAGUAUUCAAUAA